AUGUUAACAGCUCUUUUGCUACUUGUUGACGCGUUACCUUAUAAGCGAUCCAUCCCGAUUAAAAUUCCGUUAAAAAAAGUUGUGUAUAUGAAAGUAUUAGACCAUGUAGUUAACGGUGAAGACUUCGCAUAUUACGGACCAAUCACUAUUGGCACGCAAACUUUUAAAGUACAAUUCGAUACAGGAUCUUCUGAUCUUUGGGUUCCGAGUGAAGCUUGUGCUUCGAUUGAAUGUAAAGGCAAAAACAAAUAUAAAAAGGCUUCAACAUUCAAAAGUCUCGGUACAUUUUCUAUUAAGUAUGCCGUAGGAGAGGCACAGGGAAUAACGGGAUCAUCAGAUUUUACUAUCGCGGGCCUUAAAGUGACAGGUCAAAAAUUCGGUGUUGUCGAUACACUUAACGACACUAGUAUGCUCAAUAUCCCAUUUGAUGGUAUGAUGGGAAUGGCAUAUGACAACCUAAGUCCCAAUGGACAAACCACACCAAUGACCUUACUUAAAAAUCAAGGUUUAAUUGAUUCAGCGAUAUUCGCCUUCAAGCUUGGAAGAGACGCAGAUAAAACGACGAGCGAAUUAUCAAUAGGCGGGUGGAAUCCAUCCUUGUUCACUGAUCCGAUUACCUGGGCAAGUGUGGUGAAAAGUAGCGUGGGGAGAUGUAAGGGUUAUUAUUGUAGCUGGGAAAUUUAUCUUGAUGAUAGCUCUGUCAAUGGUAAACCACUAGGAUUAGGCUUUCAAAACCGUACUGCAAAUAUUGAUACCGGAACUACACGUAUAAUCGUUCCAUCACCCGAUGCCAAAAAAAUUUACGCACUUAUUCCUGGUUCUAGGCUUGAGAUCAAAGGUAACAGACACUAUUACAAUUUACCUUGCGAUAGUCGACCUGUGGUUAGCCUGAAGUUCAGUGGAAAAUAUUGGAAUAUUCACUACAAAGAUCUGGUGAUUCAUCUAGGCAAUAGCACGAAUUGCACAGGAAAUAUUGUAGGAGAUGUCACGAGCAAUCCCACACAAUGGGUGCUUGGUGAUGCCUUUAUAAAGAAUGUAUAUAGCGUGUUUGAUCAAGACACUAAUCAAGUUGGAUUCGCAGCUUUGAA